UACUCAUGAGAAUCAUAGCCUGAAAGCUGCAGCUACCUUCUCACCUUGAAGCAUAAUUGUAGGCAGCUCACAAAAUGUGUGAUGCAUUUGUAGGUACCUGGAAACUGGUCUCCAGUGAAAACUUUGAUGAAUACAUGAAAGAAGUGGGAGUGGGCUUUGCCACCCGGAAAGUGGGUGGCAUGGCCAAACCCAACUUGAUCAUCAGUGUGAAUGGGGAUGUGAUCACUAUUAGGUCAGAAAGUACCUUUAAAAAUACUGAGAUUUCCUUCAAACUGGGUCAGGAAUUUGAUGAAAUCACUGCAGAUGACAGGAAAGUCAAGAGCAUCAUAAUCUUAGAUGGGGGUGCUCUGGUACACGUGCAGAAGUGGGAUGGAAAAUCAACCACCAUUAAGAGAAAACGAGUGGACGACAAACUGGUGGUGGAAUGCAUCAUGAAAGACAUCACUUCCACCAGAAUUUAUGAGAGAACAUAAACCAAGUUCACAGAGCUGGACUGAAGUUUGCAUCGAAUUCUACAGCACUCUGUUGGAUGUAUUUUUCAAACAGAUAUUGUUAUUUUCAACUAAUUAGUAAACAACUGAUUUCCCCCAAACUGGUUUUGUUCAAUACAGUUGUCCUGUUUAAAUAAACGUUUUCA